GUUCACUUGGAAGCUGGAAGAACUUUCUUUCGGGGGUUUCAUCUAAUUUCAAGAUGGAGACUGCUGGAAGCAGGAAGCGAAGUGCAGAAGAGCUAAGGGAAGAAGUGGAAGGGCAGAUGUCUAGUCAACCGAGCACGUCUUCUGCAAAGAGUAAAGCAAUGGGGAAAAGACAAAAAACGUCAGAGAAAGAUAACAACGGUUUUAAACUAAAGGAGGAAAAAAUAGAAGAGGCUGAGACACCAGGAGCCAUUCGUAGGAAGGUACCAGUUCCCCCUCUUCCAAAAUAUCUGCCUGCAGUGAACCUGAUUCACCGAGAUGUUUUGCGGGCAUGGUGCCAGCAGAAGAGGCUAAGCAGCAAAGGCCAGAAAUUAGAGGCUUAUAAACGACUUCUUGCAAAGGCUUUCCCAGAACAAAUGCUUGAGUUGAAGAAUGUUCCUGACUCAGCCAAAGAGGCCAGGUUGAAGACAUCUCACAAAAAAAUGAAGACCGAACCGGGGGAGGAGUCUCAGGUGACAGUUCCCCUUGAAAUCAUCCCUGUACCAGAGGAUCAGAUACCUGCCCUCGUGGAUCCUCCUAUGCUCUAUGAGGAAGUGAGCACCACGGUUGUGACUACACCUGCCAAUGAGGCAGUGUUGGCAUCUUGGGCCAGAAUUGCAUCCAGUGCUAAUAGAUUCGAGACAGUGCCGGCCAGUGCAUCAUCGGAAGUCAAAGGGGAAAUGUGGUGUGUGGUUCAUGGGACAAGCCUUCCUGGGAACUCACGUGGUUGGGUUCGGCUACAGUUCCACGCUGGACAAGCCUGGGUACCCGAUAAGAAAGGGAAAGCUGUUGCCCUCUUCCUGCUUCCCGCCUGCACAUUUCCACCCCCACACCUGGAGGACAACAUGCUGUGCCCCAAGUGUGUUCAUAAGAACAAGGUCUUAACUAAGAGCCUCGAAGGAUAAAGGACAGAUCUCUUACGUUUGAGCUAGCUGCUGGCAUCACUCACUCUUGUGGUGUGAUCGCAGAACUGCAGCUGACACUGAGACUGAUAGACAUCCACAUCUCUGCCUUUGAAGGUGCCUUUCUCACCCAGAAAUUAUGGGAUAUUGUAAGUUAGUUGAUGCUUAAGUCCAAGCAGUUUAGAAAAAGCCACUGAGGCCACCUUUGCUCAUUGUGAUGACUGAAUACUGAGAGUGGCCUCUUACUCUUGUGUUAAGAUAAAAAAAUGUCCUAUAUGUUUCGCUGCAGGUAGGUACUGGGGCAGGAAUGUAACAUCUCCAGAUACAAAGGUCUGACACCAGCAACGGGGUCAUAGCCAGUUCAGCGGUCAACUGUAAAGAUUUAGCCUAUACUUGUAGCCUGUGCAUGCCCUCUUCCCUAGGUUGUAGUGUGUUAGUAGUGUUUAGUACUUGGGUUUGUUUUCUGCUGUUGUAAAAUAUUACACUAAAUCUGACUUGUGGCUUUUG